AUGGGCAAACCAAAACGCUCUGCAGUCCUCGCGGCUGCGCAGGAGUCCACGACGCCUCCAGACGAGCUAAGCCCAUCCCAGUUUAUCGCCCGCGUCGUCAAGGCUGAGGGCAACAGCAUCUACACAUGCGAGCUGCCCAACAAGAAGCCCAUCCUCGUCGAGCUAGAGCCGCGGUUUCGCAACGCAAUCUACAUCAAGCGGAGAGGCUACGUUCUGGUGGAUCUGGCAUCUGCGGAUGAGCGCGCCAAAAGCGGUAGCAGGGUCGUGGGCGAGAUCAUCAACGUCGUGAGGGAGGAGAAAGAGUGGCGGAAGCAGCCAUACUGGCCAAAGAACUUUGUGAAGAACACAUACGGAGACGAGGAAGACGAGGAUUCCACUGUCGGGAAGAUGCCUCCGAGCGAUUCCGAAGAAGAGGCGGAAGAGGCUUGA